CCUCUCUCUCCAUCUCCGAUCCUCUCUCUCCGCUUCUUCCAAUUCCUCAAAACCUCUCUCUCUCUCUCUCUCACAACCUAAGUUUCGACCGCUUUGCUACUAUAUCCAUGUCCGGCGGCGCUCGAGCUCCGAACCGCCCUGCGCCGCCUCCGCCGACCGUCGCGUCACAGAUCCUCCCUCCGCCGCCGCCGAUGAAGCGGAACCUCGCCGCGCUCGCCUCCACCAAGCCGCCGUUCGUCCCUCCCGACGAUUACCACCGCUUCUCCUCCGUCGCCGCCGAUCGUGAAGCCGAAGCUCUUGUGGUUAGAUCUCCCCUAUUAAAGCGGAAGAAUGGAACAGAUGACAAUGAAGUUCAGUCUAUUGACUGGACUAACAGUCCUGGAUACACUAGUGUAGUAAACAGCCCCCUCAAGACACCUGUGUCUGCAAAAGGGGGAAGGAUAUACAACAGGUCAAAGGGUACAAAGGGCAACAGAUCUGGGCCUCAGACACCUGUGUCAAAUGCUGGUUCCCCAUCUCCUCUUACUCCCGGCAGUUGUCGUUAUGACAGUUCCCUAGGAUUGUUGACAAAAAAGUUCAUCAAUUUGCUCAAGCAAGCGGAGGAUGGUAAUCUUGACCUAAACAAAGCGGCAGAAACUUUGGAGGUGCAAAAGAGGCGAAUAUAUGACAUAACAAAUGUCUUGGAAGGCAUUGGACUCAUUGAAAAGAAACUCAAGAACAGAAUACAUUGGAAGGGAUUAGAUGCUUUAAGGCCAGGGGAGGUUGAAGAUGACGCCUCUGCACUACAGGCAGAAGUUGAAAACCUUACCAUGCAAGAGCGAACAUUAGAUGAUCAGAUAAGGGAAAUGCAGGAAAGAUUGAGGGAUUUGAGUGAAGAUGAAAACAAGAAAAAGUGGCUUUUUGUAACCAAAGAAGAUAUUAAGGGCUUACCCUGCCUCCAGAACGAAACCCUGUUAGCAAUUAAAGCUCCACAUGGAACCACACUGGAAGUCCCAGAUCCAGAUGAGGCUGUUGACUAUCCACAGAGAAGAUAUAGGGUUAUUCUUAGAAGUGCAAUGGGCCCUAUCGAUGUCUACCUUGUCAGUCAAUUUGAGGAGAAGUUUGAGGAGAUGAAUAGUGUUGAGCCACCUGUGAGCUUCCCAAUGGUUUCAAGCUCAGGGUCUAAUGAUAACCCAGCCAUUGACGAAGUGGUCAAUGCCAAUAGCACCAUGAAGGAAGUUAUGCCUCAGGCACAACACAGUCAUCAAAUGUGCUCUGAUCUUAAUGCUUCACAGGAGUUUGCUGGGGGCAUGAUGAAAAUUGUUCCCUCAGAUGUUGAUAAUGAUGCAGAUUACUGGCUUCUGUCAGAUGCUGAAGUUAGCAUAACAGAUAUGUGGAAAACAGAUGCCGGUAUUGAAUGGAGUGGGAUGGAUAUGCUUCACCCUGACUUUGGGAUACCUGAUGUUAGUACUCCAAGGUCACAAACUCCAUUAUCUGGAAUGGCUGAAGUGCCAUCUACAGCUUUUGACUCUACCCGAAGAUGAAUGGAUAUUAAUUUGCUAAUGAGCUAAAUUGAAAAAUUAUGUCUGUAUGCCAGUAGCCUUUAUGUCUUUAAAUCAUUGCUGAAAGAUGCCAAAAGGUUGCUUGGUGAAUGAAUGCUAGGGAAGCUUUUGGAUGAAGCUAAUGGAUGGCAAGCUGGGGGUAAUUCUUACACUGUACAGUUUAGGGGCCCCCGUGGCAUGAAUAAAAUGCGUAUGCCUUGGACUUAGAAAAAAAGGACACUCUUGGAAUUAAGGUGGUGGAUCUUUAGCAUGGAAGGUAGAAUGGUUACAUUUAGUAUGGGUGGGUUGGACAAAGUUAGGGCAAACGCAAGAAACAAACAAGGAUAUAGUUUACAAGCAUAAUCUCAUUAUAUGCGUAUUUAUUUUUUGUAUGCAGCACCUUGGUGUCUUUUGCAAAGUUGAGGCAACUCUGUAAAUGUUGCGAAUGUAAAAACAUGCUGCAGAGGCUUGUAUACCAGAUGUAGGGCAGCAGCUAGAUCUCCUGCCCCAGAUUGAUAAUUGUAUGGUCCUAAUCUGUGGUAUAAACUAUGGUUGUAAGCAUUUGACAUGCCAUUAUGGUGAUAAAGUUGUCUUGUUUUAUUCCU